UUCGCUAGGAAACCUCACUAACUCACUAAACAUCAUCCUGACAAAUGACAAAUUCACUCAUUUUUGGUUUAUUUCUGAAUGAAAAAUAAAGCGCAAUGGCAGUGGGAUCAGUUAAACCAUUAUCACUACCUACCCCAUUUAGGCCCCAUGACUACGCUUACGAUCCCUUAUUUGUGGUCUCUGGACCCAAAGACCACUACAAAGCUGCUUUAUUGGCAAGACUAUCAACAGCGAAAUUCCAAAUAUGUCCAAUUUUUGCCAACAUGUUCUCGGAUUUGCCAAACCACCCGCGCAAACAAUACAUUCGACGCAAAUCCGCGCACUUACCUCAAGCUGGCAGAAGCUACAAAUCCAGACUUGAACCGAAUCUUGAUUAUUUAUGUUCGAGGAAAGUGGAUGUGAUUGGAGCAGAUCGCUCGAAAUAUUUCCACGUUCCCAAAACUAGCAUUGGGGGGCAUUUAAUUCCAGAACUUCAGCUCCACUAUACGUCACCAAGAGAAAAAUUACCCUCUGUUGUUAAAGCGGAGCCGAAGAGUCAAAAUAAGAAAAUUCAAACUGAGUUCAGGGAAUCGUCGGUUCAAACUUCUCCAUGGGAGCCCUCGAUUGUGUUUAAUGGAGAUACUGAGCCCGAAUUGUUGAAACUUGACUUUCUCAAAUGGGGUAGCGGUUUGCCGCCCGGCAUGCACGAAGUGCAGCUCCUUGAAAGAGCCAGGAUGAAGAGAGCUUGGGAGGAAAGAUGUGAAGUGAGAACUGCUGAGGAUUUAGAAAAACGGAGGACUAUUAUUGCGGCGAUGGAACGAGAUGAGUGGGCUUUUAGAGAACAAGAAAUACAAGAUAUUCAAGACCUUCGACUUAAACUUUUAGAAAAAAUGUUAAAUGAGCUUCACGAAAAAUCAAAGAAUAGAAAUGAGGCCAAGUUGAGAAUGUUUGCCGAGAUGAAAUAUGCCGAGAAAGAACAAAAACUGAAGAAAUUGCGUGAUAAAACAAAACGAGAACUGCGAAAAUUAGAUUUAAAACAUGCGGGCAUUGACCAGAAAUACCACUCUGUCAACGUUGUUGAAGAACACAUCAACCACGCAUCCGAAAUUUACGGUCCUCUGAUGAGGCACGGUGAACAUCCGAAACGUUGGCACUUAAUAAUCGACGAAGCCCUCACACGAUUCAAAGCCCAAUUUGUCGGUGUUGAAGAGUUCAACACUUUACCAACUUGGUUGAAUAAAGCAACCAAAAUUAAAGACUGCAUGUGUUUGAAAAUGAAAGGCACACGUCUCUGCAUGAGAGAAACAAAAUGGACAGCUCCUGUGCUGAAAAAGCUUCAUGAGGAGCUUUUAGCACUACGAAAGCACGAUCUUAAACCUUGCACUCUAAUUAAGAAAAUUCAAAGCCCACCCUCUGCAAUCAGCACUCCAGAAGUUGAAGGCAUUUCGGACGGUGAUGAAGAUUUUUACCAAGCGAUGGUUAUGAUACAAUCGGUUAUCAAAGGACGAGCGGCUCAAAUGCAUAUUUACGAAGGUCGGGAAAGAUGUAGAGAAUUAAUCCAAGAACUGAAAUUUUCAAGCGGUCUUUUGGUGGAAGAAAACGUCCAAAUACACGACUACAAACUAAAAAUAAAACUCCAACAAAGAGAGGAACAAAUCGCACUGGAAAAGCUUUUCAGAUUGCGUGAAAGUCUAGACGAGCUUCAAAGUACAGUAGUUGGAUCUUUGUUGGACUUUCUUAAUAAAGAGUUGCGGCGAUUGCUUGAAGAACGCCGUGCUCAUGCAAUUUGUAUUCUUCUUGAACGUGAGAGAUAUGAUAGAGAAGCGGCUGAAGCUGGUCGCAGACAAGUGGAGCUGAGACGAAGACGUGAACACGAUGAAAUGUUCAAGCAAAUUGUUAAAAUCCAACAGGAAACUGUCGAUUUGUAUCUUGAGGAUAUUAUUAAGGAAAGUAUGGAAUUUACGUCGGAGGAAGAAGCGAGAAGUUAUGUUGAAGGAAUGGCGAGGAAAAUCGACGAAGAGGCGUAUAGAAUAAAGGAGGCAACCAAUAUAACCAUCAACGACGAAGAAGAAAUCGUGGCGGACCUCGUCCACCACUUCGUCUUACCAGAGGUUCAGAAGCAAAUAAUACGCAAAAAAAUCCAGCGAAAACAACGCGAAAAAUUAAGAACAGUCCACGACACAGUUUACUCCGAAAUCGAAGACGUGAACGUCACUCAAGAGCCGGAACCAUCCGAACAAUCGAGUCUUAAGGAGUAUCCUGUUGUUGGAAGCAGCCAAAAGUUUCGACAACACAGCGUUCCAGGGACUAGUACUGAAGACAGACACUUCAGUAUAAUACAUGAAGCGACAAACGACACCACUUCACAUGCCAGCUCCGAUGGAAAGAGUCACAGUAGCAGAUCUCCAAGCAUCGUUGGUAAAAAUCAAAGUAUUAAUCAGAGAAUAGCAAGUGCCAGAGACCAGACGUCUAAAACUAAGCACCCGCACACAGAAGAUAAAUUUGACCACGAGUAAUAAAUUUUAUUAAAUUAUUUAAAAUACAUUAUUAAACUGGUUUAUAAUCAA